AUGGCAAUGCGGGCAAUGUCAGAAAUAAUUGAAGCACCUGACUAUAAACUUGUGCAUCCUCCACAACAACAACCACCUGCUAAUCAUAGUCUAAAGAACCUACAAAUCCAAGUUUUGGGUGUCCCACAAACGGGUGCGAAAUCUCGCGUGGAAACACAGAUAAAACUAUGUCUACAACUUGUUACUGACAAAGGUGAAAAAGUGCCACUUUGGUCGCAUUUGCGGCUUCCAGAGUACAUGGUGGCUAAGGAGAAACUUAAAACGAAAAAUGCGAGAAAUAACCAAGGUCAAUCAAUGAAUAUCGUAGAGAAGAGUGUGCUUAAUCUUGAAGCCAAUGUGAUUUGUGCUAGUGACGCUAAAAAAGUUCUCACUUGUCUUGGUGAGAUUGUAGAUUUUAGCAGUGGCGAUACAAUUUUGCCAACACGAAUCACCUGUUAUUGUCGUCAUCACAAUGAAAAAGUUGGAUUCUGGUAA